CACAGGGACACCGUGCAAAUGGCACACGGGGCAUGCGAGCGACGCGACGUCCAUAUGACCGUCCCUCGUCUGUUGCAUGCGCAGAGACGACGAGCACGAAUCCCCAGUUCCACGUGCAGGUGAGCGGCGAGGCGGGCCGCAAGUGCCACGUGGUGGUGUCCGUGACGCAGCAGUACCGGCCGGGGGGCGGGGGCGGGGGCGGGCGUGGGGGGCGGCUGCACGCGGUGGGCUUCGCGCUGUACGAGCUGCCGGCCGGCGCCGCGCCGCGCCGCCCGCUGGCCGCGCUGCCCGCGCUGUGGCCGGGCGCGGCGCACGCGGCGCACGCGGCGCACGCGGCGCACGCGGCGCACGAGGCGCACGAGGCGCGCGCGCGCGAGGUGGCGGCGCUGUUCGCGCUGCCCGCGGGCCAGUACCUGGUGGUGCCGCACACGCGCCGCGCCCACACGCGCGCCGCGUUCCUGCUGCGCAUCCUCACCGACCGCAACACCGCCGUCUGGUAACCGUUUCGCUCUAAACUAAAAUUAAGGAUCCCGCGAUUUGUUUCAGUCGGCGCUCGAGGUGCCGACCGUUUUUAAAUACAAAAUUAGACUC